AUGAGUGUCACCGUCACGCUGGCUGAGCUGGCAGACCUGGCCUUCGGCAUGGCCAAUGGCGGCAACCCCCAGGUCGGUGCCUUCCGCAUCCUCCUGCGGGGCCUCCUGGAGCACCUCUGCCCGCAGGAGGCAGUGGCACAGGUUGGGGAGAACGAGAGGAGUCCCUCGGAGCCCACUGCCCGUGUGGCCAGGGGGAAGCCCUCUUCCCUCCAUCAGCAGAGGCAGCUGUGGCAGGGGAGGGCAGAGGGGCAGCCCAGCCGCCCCAGCAGGCCCCUGGGCACCGCAGAGCUGCCGGCCCUGGGCAGGCAGGCCGCCGAGGAGUGGCAAAUGGUGCAGCUGAAGAAGAGGAUGGAAGUGACUGAGGAGGGUAUGGCGAAGGUCAUGGACAUGCUGCAGGAGAUGCUCACCACCACCUGCUCCCUGAAAACCACUGUUGAGGGCUUCCAGGAUGAGUUGCAGCUCCUGAAGGACAGAUUCCAGAAGGCGGAUCUGGAGGAGCUGCAAGAGCAGUCAGUGAAGCAGGACGAGAACAGCCAUCUCCUCCAGAGCAUCCUGGAUCAACUGACAGAGGUGCGGCAGCAGCUGAGCGCCUUCCCCUGGCAUGGCACCACGCUCUGCCAGAGGUCUUUCUGCGAGGUGGCCGCUGGCGAGAAGCUCUCCAGCCAGGAGCUCAGCCCUGAGCCCUUGCAGGAGCCAUCCCAUGAGGCCCCAUGCAAGCUGAGCUGGCUCAUGGAGCAGCAUGAAGUCGUCAGCCACUGUGAGAGCCAACUCCAGCAGUACUCCGACUUGGGGACCUUGGAGGACACGGCUGCCCAACUGGAGAAGGGCCCCACUUGUCCUCCCCAGGGGCUGGAUUUCGGCAGGGAGGUGCUGGACCAGGUGGGACAGCUGAAGGAGCAGUGCGCGAGGCUGCAGGAAGCUGCGGAGCGGCUGUGGGGUGACAUCGGGGACACCCAGAAAGCCGACAAAGCUGCGCUGGAGACCAAAUUGAGCCAGGAUGAGCUGCAACAUGCCAUGGUCCAGCUGAGCCAGAUGAUGCAGAACCUGCUGCAGAGGAUGUCCCUGCUGGACCAGGACAGGCAGAAAGACCUAGAGAAGCUCCUCAGCGAGAUGGACUCCAAGGCAAAGCUGGAGCAGAUCUGGAGGCUCACCCAACGGUGCCUCUGCAAGGGACGCUGCUGUGGUGCCAACCGGGCUGCUGGGUUCAAGAGGCAGCUCUUUGAUCCAGUGAAGUGCCUCUCCUGCAACAGACCCCUGGACACGGCCCCGGCACCGCCCUUGGUGACAGUCCGAAAAGCCAGCCAGAUCCUCCGGCCCCAGCCAGCCAGCGCCGGCAGAUCCAACUGCCUGGCACAGCCACUGCCAGGGAGGGAGAGUGAAGGGAGCAGCAGGGGCAGCCGGGGAAGCCCCACGAGUCCUCACGGGCCACCAUCCACCUCCAGUUCCCUCAUCACCGUCUGUCCCUGCGGAGACACUGCAGACUUCACCUGCAAGAACAGAGAAGUGGAUAUUUUGGGUGUCAACGGGGUUGUCUACAAGGGCAGGCUGAGCUCGCUGGCUGCCAACAGGACCGUCACUGUGGGCAAGGACCCCCCAGGUAGGGGAGCAGCCCCAGGGCACAGCUCCAGCCAGGCUGCGCACCCACCUCAACCGGUGCCUCCUGCUCAUCCCAAAGCAACGAAGACCCCCCAGCCCCACUCCCGGCACACCCUGGAGAUGCGCCGUGCCCUCAAGUACGGCACCCACUACGUGUCCCCAUACUCAUGUGAGUGCCAGCCCUGCUUGUCCCCCCCACUCUGGGGCCACCGGCCCCACCAUUCAGGCUCAGCCCAGGGGGCAUCGUGUCCCUGUGCAAGGCUGUUUGUCCUUCUGCAUUGCAGGUGCUGCCAGGCGGACGAAGACAGCUCCUCCGGGGGCUAGUGGCAGGCUGACGCAGGUGGCAGCAGGACAGCAGGCCUCUGAGCUGGCCAGGGAGCUAUGAAACGGGGAGGGGGCAGGCAUAUCAGGGCUGUGCUGCCCGGCCCCA